AUGGCUGGCUUUUCAUCAUCAAGAGCUCUAUCUUCAUCUUCUCUGUUGCUCAUAUUUCUUCUCUUCAGCUUCUCAGAAGCCCGAGAGAUAUUGGUUGGAGGCAAAACAGGCUCAUGGGCAAUCCCAUCCUCUGAAUCCCAAUCUCUCAACAAAUGGGCUGAAAGCACCCGUUUUCGGGUCGGCGACACACUUGUGUUGAAAUAUGACAGUGCUAAAGACUCGGUGUUGCGUGUGACCAAGGAAGACUACGCUAACUGCAAUGUUUCAAACCCAAUUGAACAGCACAAGGAUGGUGAAACCAAGCUUCAUCUUGACCAACCAGGGCCAUUCUAUUUCAUCAGUGGAACCAAGGGCCACUGUGAGAAGGGGCAGAAGGUGAUUGUGGUUGUUAUGACCCCAAGAAAACACUAUGGUAUCUCUCCAGCACCUUCUCCGGCAGAGGUUGACGGUCCGGCUGUUGCUCCAACUAGCAGUGCUACAAGCUUGCAGGGUGGUCUUCUGGUUGUGGCAUUCGGGAUUUUUGCUCUGGGUUUGUUUUGA